UUUUGAUUUUAAAUUUUCUUUCCAAAAGCCAGCUUCUUCCCAACUUAAUUUCAAGCAAUGGUCCUCGCAAACAAGCUCAACGUCUGGCAGAAGCUCCAGCAGCAUUACGAUUCCGAGGGAAAGAACCUAGUUAUCAAGGAUCUCUUUGUCCAAGACCCUGCCCGCUUUGACGAGUUCUCGCGUAAAUUUGUCGGAUCUGACAAGACUUCCACUGAAAUUCUCGUUGAUUUCUCCAAGAACAUCGUCAACAAGGACACCCUCGAGCUGUUGCUUGAGUUGGCCAAGGAAGCCAAGGUUGAGGAGAUGCGCAACAAGAUGUUCGCUGGUGAGCACAUCAACUUCACCGAAGACCGUGCCGUACUCCACGUUGCCCUCCGUAACAUGUCUGAUAAGCCCAUCCUUGACGAAGGACAGGAUGUCAUGCCCGAAGUUCGCGAUGUUCUUGAGCACAUCAAGGAGUUCUCUGAGGCCAUUCGUUCGGGUGAAUGGAAGGGUUAUACCGGCAAGGCUAUUACUGACAUUGUCAACAUUGGUAUUGGUGGUUCUGAUCUUGGCCCUGUCAUGGUCACCGAGGCCCUGAAGCCCUACGCCAAGAAGGGACUCAAGGCCCACUUUGUGUCCAACAUUGACGGCACUCACCUGGCUGAAGUCCUCAAGAGCAUUAAUCCCGAAACAUCUCUGUUCAUCAUUGCCUCCAAGACUUUCACUACUCAGGAGACCAUUACCAACGCCACUUCUGCCAAGGAAUGGUUCCUUCAGACUGCCGGUGAUAUUGCCCACGUCGCAAAGCACUUUGUUGCCUUGUCUACAAACACCAAGGACGUCACUGCCUUUGGUAUUGAUGCCAAGAACAUGUUCAAGUUCUGGGACUGGGUCGGUGGUCGUUACUCUCUCUGGUCUGCCAUCGGUCUCUCUAUUGCAAUCGACAUUGGCUUUGAUAACUUUGAGCAAUUGUUGUUGGGUGCCUAUGAGAUGGACCAGCACUUCCUCAACACCCCUCUCGAGGAAAACAUUCCUGUCCUGAUGGCUGUCUUGGGUAUCUGGUACAACAACUUCUUUGGUUCCCAAACUCAGGCCAUUCUUCCCUAUGAUCAAUACAUGCACCGUUUUGCCGCUUAUUUCCAGCAGGGUGAUAUGGAAUCCAACGGCAAGUACGUUUCUCGCGAGGGCGAUAUUGUCGAGACCUCCACAGGUCCCAUCAUCUGGGGUGAGCCUGGUACCAACGGACAGCACGCUUUUUACCAGCUCAUUCACCAGGGUACAAAGCUGAUUCCUUGUGAUUUCCUUGCUCCUGUCGAGACAUUCAACCCCAUCUCUGGUGGAAAGCACCACGAGAUUCUUCUCUCCAACUUCUUUGCCCAGACCGAGGCUCUGAUGGUCGGCAAGUCCGAGCAGCAAGUCCGUGCCGAGAUGGGUGCCAAGGUUGUCGAGAACAUUGUCCCCCACAAGGUCUUCAAGGGCAACCGUCCCACCAACUCCAUCAUGUUCCAGAAGCUUACUCCCUCUACUCUCGGCUCUCUCUUGGCCAUGUACGAGCACAAGAUCUUUGUCCAGGGUGUUAUCUGGGAUAUCAACUCCUUUGACCAGUGGGGUGUUGAGCUCGGUAAGCAGCUUGCCAAGGCUAUCUUGCCUGAACUCCAGACCGAAGGCCCUGUUACUUCCCAUGAUCCCUCCACCAACGGUCUCAUCAACUACUACAAGACCCACAGAAAGUAAAUCCAUAUUAAAUAUAUAUAUAUAUAUGUUUUAUGGUUUUAUUCUCUUUUUUUUUCUACCUUUUACUGUUACCUUUUUCUUUAUCUCUAUUCCUUUUCGUAUAUUGUGAUUUUUCCCCCUCUGCCUCUACUUUCACCUCUAUCUUAACAUCCCUUCUACUUCCAUUUACCUUUUUGCUUGUGAAGCUUCAUAUUUUUUACUCUUUCAAUCAAAUAACCAAAACAGCCAAAAUUCUGUCUCUUUUCAGUAAAACAACAAAAAUAAAAUCUGUGUUUAUGAUAUAUUGAAUUCUUUU